ACAGCUUAAUCAUGGGUGCCGCAGGUUCAACCGACAACAGUCGCAUUUCACAAGCAGUCGAUACGUCGAAGAAGACCGGAGUGCUAUCUCUACAAGGAAGACAACUGAAAGAGCUUCCUGCUGGGUUGUCAUCACUGAAAAGCUUGAGAACAUUUGAUGUUUCAGAUAAUCGACUGCCUGUAGUGCCGCCAGUAAUUGGACAGCUGAUAGCACUGAAGUCUCUGAAUGUCAGCUCGAACAGGCUGAGUGGAUCGUCUGUCUUUCCAGAGGAAAUUUGUUGUUUGGCAAAGUUGGAAACAUUCGUCUGCAGCCACAACAAUAUCUCCUCUCUCCCACCCUUUUUUAGUCAACUCGUUGCUCUUAAAACUGUCUCUCUCAACCACAACAAUAUCACAGCCUUCCCCACAGUUCUCUGCCAGUUACCACACCUCGACGCUCUCGAUAUCUCAUCUAACAGAUUGACAGCAUUGCCCACAGAAAUCUCCGAUCUGAAAGUCAUUGAAAUCAACUUGAAUCGGAAUCGUUUGGCAUUGCUUCCGGUUCAUCUGGCAAGAUGUCCACGUCUCAAGGUGUUGAGAUUGGAGGAGAAUUGUCUGUCAUUGCAAGGGUUGCCUGUUGAGAUACUGAGCGAGAGCGAAGUGUCGACGUUGGCCAUUGAAGGGAAUCUGUUUCAGAUUAAAGAUUUACGGCAGCUGGAUGGAUAUGAUAAGUAUAUGGAGAGAUAUACAGCCUCGAAGAAGAAAAUGAUCUGAUCCAGUGUUUCGUAUUGACCGUAUCCUGUGACGUCAUUAUGACAACAAAAUUUAUCAAAUAUUGGACAUUUGGAUCUUCAUGCCUUUAUGAUUACAGACUGUGUUUAUGUGUCAUUGUUGAUGACUUGCACAUUUAGACAAACGAUGUACAAUGCUACAUACAUAGACACGAAUAGUAAGUUUUGAAGAUGCGUAGAUUUGAUAUUAAUAAUUACCAAAGUUGUGCGGAAAUUUGCAACGAAAUAAUAAAAUUGUGUUUUACGAAAUGUCUGAUUGCUGUGUUACUGGCAAUGUCAAUGUCAUACAGUGAAGAAAAGACAUGAUGUCUCAAAAAUUAAGAAAAAUGUAAAAUUAAAAAAUUAAAAAAAAUUAAAA